AUGAAUAUGCAUGAUGGACUUGACAUGGAAGAAAGCGAAAUUUGUGAACGAUUAAGCAAAUGGAGAAUUGCUCAAAAUCCAGAACUUGAGAAAUAUGAUGUGACUGAAUUCAAUCAGGAUGAUUUUAAACUUUUGGAGAAAACAUUACAAAUAUUUAUUCAAUACAUUCGAUUUCAUGAUAUUAGCAUUGACAACGGGUAUUAUCCUUAUAUUGGCAUUGCAAAUGGUUUACAAAUUGAAGAUUAUGAAGUAUUUCAACGGAAUCCAGAUCAAAAGGAACGUAUAGACAUGGCGUUACAAAGAGAAAAUAAAGAAGACAUUAAUGCUAUUAUUGAAACAUUCAAG